AUGUCUUCCGAAUCCAAACCGGUCAAAGACCCCGCCGAGCCGGCGACCGACCCUGCCCCUGCGACGGCCCACGAUUCCGAAUAUGAAGACGAGGACGACGACGAGCAGCCCGGAGCUGCAAACACCGCCGCGGGCUCGAGCUCAACUGCCGCCAAGAAAAAGAAGAAGAAGUCGAAGCGUCAAAAGCUCAAGGAUGCAGUGGGCGUCGGCAGCAGCAGCGGCAGUUCGGCCCAGUCCGACGCGACCAAGGCCCUCGGCGGCCUGACGCCCGAACAACUGACCGACCUCCUCAAGAUGAACCCGGCGCUGGCGCACGAGCUCGGCACGGCGCUCAGCGCAGCCGGCAAGGACGAGGCGGCCGCCAUCGACCAGCUCAAGAAGCUGAGCCUGCAGGAGAUCAUGACGGGCCUGGCGGCGAGCGGCAAGAACGUCAAGGACAUGGCGAGCUACAAGUUCUGGCAGACGCAGCCCGUGCCAAAGUUUGGCGAGGACGAGCGCGCGGCGGCUCAACUGCCGGAUGGGCCCUUCAAGAUCCAGACCGUGGAUGAAAUCCCCAAGGAUGCGCCAAAGAUGAUGGAGGGCUUCGAGUGGUGCUCGCCAAACCUUGAGGAUCCGGCAGAGAUCACUGAGGUGUACGAGCUGCUCAACGGUCACUACGUGGAAGAUGACGAGGCCAUGUUUAGGUUCAAAUACUCGGUUUCUGUGCUGAAAUGGGCAAUGAUGUCCCCAGGCUGGAAGAGGCAGUGGUGGGUCGGUGUGCGCGCGACACAAUCCCGAAAACUGGUGGCCUUCAUCUCGGCGAUCCCGAUGAAGCUCCGCGUCAGGCAAAAAGUCCUCGACUGCGCCGAGGUCAACUUUAUCUGCGUGCACAAGAGGCUCCGCUCCAAGAGGAUGGCACCGGUGCUGAUCAAGGAGGUCACGCGACUGAUCAACUUGGAGAACAUAUGGCAGGCCAUUUACACGGCCGGUGUCGUUCUGCCCAAACCCGUCAGCACAUGCCGCUACUUCCACCGCGCGCUCGACUGGCAAAAGCUUUACGAAAUCGGCUUCAGCCCGCUGCCUGCCAACAGCAAGCCCAGCUACCAAGUUAUGAAGUACAAGCUCCCUGAAAAGCCAUUGCUCAAGGGCGUGCGCGAGAUGAAGGAGAAGGAUAUCCCUGCCGUGCAAAAGAUGUUGCACGAAUACAUGAAGCGCUACGACCUCGCGCCGCAGUAUGACGAGACUGAGAUGAAGCAUUGGUUCCUUGACACGUCAGAACCUGGUGACGAGAGGGUCGUCUACUCUUAUGUUGUCGAGGAUGAUGACAAGAAGAUCACCGACUUCUUCUCCUUCUACUUACUUGCGUCCUCGGUUUUGAACAACCCCAAGCACAGUGUGCUGCGCGCCGCCUACAUCUGGCAGUACGCUACCGACGUCGCGUUCCAGGAGCCGUUUGACAAGGCGGCGCUGAAGAAGCGUCUGAACGAGCUGAUCAAGGACAUGCUCAUUCUUGCAAAGAGCCACCGCUUCGACGUCAUGAAUGGACUUUCAAGCCUGGACAAUGGAUUCUUCUUGGAGGAACAGAAAUUCGGCCCUGGAGACGGACAGCUCUUCUACUACCUUUUCAACUACCGAACAGCACCUAUCGCAGGUGGCAUUGAUGCCAGGAACGAAUUGACUGGAAACGGCAGUGGUAUUGGCUUGAACAUGUUAUGA